AUGACGUCUGCCUCGGUUGCUUCGCGUACCGCCUCCGCUACGGCUGUCCCCGACGCCCACCGCUCCUCGGACAGCGGUAGCGACGAGAACGACAACCGCGAGCAGCAGCAGCAGCAGCAGCAGCAGCAGCAGUCCACGCAACCUCGGCACCACACGCCGAGCGUCAGGUUCAGGGCCGCCACCACCACCGUGGCCGGCGGGAUCAAGCAGGCCUUCGCGCUCGCGACGGAACUCGUUACGGUUCGCCAUCACCGAGAAGAGUCUCGCCCGGCCGCCGCCGCCGCCGCAAGCGGCGGCGGUGGCGAUAGCGAUGCCGGUGCUAGCGGUAGCAAAGACAUCUCCGUGGAGGCACAGCGGUGGGAAACACGGGAGGAGGACAACGUAAACGGUGGUGUGGCUGUCGAGAAGCUGAAGAAGCUGGCGGCUGAGACGGAGGGGCAGGGCGGCGACGAAGAGGCCUCCGCGGAAGCGGCUAAGCCGCCGCUGCUGCCGGGCAAGGAGCUGGUCAAGAGGAUGAAAAAUAUCUCCCAGUACAUCGUGACUAGGUCGAAGACGGCAGAGGAAGCGUACAGCGACACGUGGGAGGUGGUCAUGGAGAUGGCGGAUAGGGCUGCCUCCAGGGGAUGCGACGUGCCAACAGAAGAUUACACUUCGAGUUCCGCGCCGUGUUACGGGGCAUUGCUGGUGACGCCUGACAUUGCCACCUACAGCUCCGACACGUUCCUCCGUUUCCAGGCAAAGGUUGAAACCUUGAACAGAGGCCUGAAGCACCUCCCGAUGGAGCAUGACAUCUCCGUAGAGGCCUUCCACCCCGAGGCCGUGAGCGACGCCAGCCCCCUCGACCACCGCUUCACCCGCUCCCCGUACCCGACCCUGCACGUCUGCUACCACGGUCUCCGGGAGAAGGGCACGGCGCUGAACCCCCGGGUAGCGGCGGCGCCGGAGAGAAGGAGGAAGAAAAAGAAGAAGCCGGCGGCGAGCAAUGGGCUGGGGUCGCUCUCAUCGUCGUCGUCGUCGUCGGACGCUACGCCGAGCAACAGCAGCAGCAGCAGCAGCAGCAGCAGCAGCAGCCGGGGGGGUGGAAGGAGGAGGACCGACCAGUCGGGAGAUGGCGCCAGUACCGGCGGCCAAGCGGAGAGGCAAUGAAGGAGACUUCGGUACGGCAACGGUGGCGGUGGAGCGGCGGAGGCGACGGCUUCGGUAGUUGUGGUUGUGGUUGUGGUUGUGGUUGUGAUGGUGGUGGCACAACGACUGUUGCCGAGUGGGGCUUUUUGUGCAGGUGCGAAAUGCUGCUGUGUAUUCGACCUUUGCAGGGAGUACGGGGGGGCGGGUCCAGGAUGAGGGAUGCAUAUACGGUUUAUAUAUGUAUGCCUGCGUCACCCCCUAUUUGUAUCGUGUCGCAUCUAUUGCCGGACAUCGAUGGGCGCGAGAAGAAGCUUGUGACAGAAAGGUAUUCAAGGGAUGCGUGGGGGGUGGGGGGGUGCGUUGAGGACUCGAAAACGCGGGUCUUAACGUGGGUACAACUAGUUUUUGGACGUCGCAAGUGGUAGCACAAAACAACAAAACUCGUAUGGUAAUAGCGAUGGAUGUACAUACAUGCACGAUUGGACAUGUAGUCGUUGGGUAGUUUAGGUUCUGUUGUGUUUCGUGUCUUUGGGGAGGAUGAAUGCGUGUGCAGUCGAUGUGAAAGAAAAAACCGCCUUGCCGACCUGUCUUGUUAGAGGAGAAAAAACCCGUUGGGCACGAAUGAAGCCAGCAGCGGUCGCGGAACCAGGGGAUGAGAGUUGACCGCCCCCGGAUGUGGGGCGUUGUGUUACCAAGACAGCCCGGGUGAAGGUGUGUUUAGGUUCGGAGCGGUUUGUGCUGAGUUGCUUGUUGCGGGGAGGUUGAUGGGGGCCGGGUGCUGAGGCAACAGCAACGGCAGCCCGGUGCUUCAACGUGCCGAACGUUAGACUGACUAUGCAUCGAACCGACUGCUCUUGCUGUGGUGUUCUGCAGAAGAGGGUGGCUGCUGUGUGUAAUGUGAUGGAUACAACUUACGCCCGGUGAGUUAACGCGCCCGAAGAACGUCGUGGGCGGGCAUCUCCGCAGGGUUGGGUGUGAUACUGCAACUCCGGUGGGAUGCGGGUGGACUGACUGGUGUGCCUAGUUUGUUGGCUGAUUAGGUUAACACUGACUUGACGGCUACACUGGUUUGAUUGAUCGAUAGACUGUGGUCUGGUGUUGCUGGCGGCGGGAUCAUCAACUCAGCUCUGUUCGUGGGGAUGACCAUCUGAAAACGCCCUCCAUGAGGUACGAGCUGUUGCAGGGGGCGGAAUUUGUUGGGAAGAUAAUUUCGAAUCGAGAUGAUCAGUCGUGCUGUUGCGGGGGCGUAGUGGGUUGUAUAAACUGAACGCAUGGGUACGAUUGUCCCAGACAUGGACUCACGGUCGAUGAAAUUUGGGUGGUCUGGGAGGUCUCAAACCCUUGGGGCAUGAUAGAGGACGUAUGUGAUGUAGAGGGAGGAUGACGAGGGAUGGUCAGUACUUCGGGGUGGAAAUACCUUGCUUGCGUGUGUCCUUGGGUGCAGUGGAGGGAUACAGCAUGUCUUCUUGGUGAAUGUUGUGAGUUUUCCACAGCCCCUCCAGCGGUUCAUCUGCCCCAAGGUGUACGCCACUACCACAGUCGUACAUUUUGUGGCACUGACUGUUCCGCGAUGGCGCCGAGGCCGCAACAGUUUUAGAGGGAGCCGGGUCCCGUCUUACGGUGUCCGCUUCGGGAUGCUUUCUCGCGGUAUUCAUGUAUAAACAGUAGAGACCUACAUAACCCGUGAUGACGAGGCGGGCCGUCGUCGUCUGUGUAGUAGUUGGUAGACCUGUGUUCUUCUGCAUGGAUGGUGGUCGCCCAUGCUGCUGCUGUGCGUGUAGCGGUUAAUUCUUGAAGCGGUUCAUCAUGAGGUGAGCGAGCUUCGCAAGAAAACAGAUGUCUCAAAAUUUUGGCUUUUUGAAUAUGAUGGUACUCUUUUUUUAAGUGUAUGCUGGUGUAUGCAUUUAUUUUACGGUGUGACUGCUGUUCUUGUGUUUCUCGCCGGACCAAUCAACAGCUUUGAUUCCUCCUCAAUGCGGGCGUGCGCCGUACGCGAAAGCGUCGGCAAGAUCAGCGCUGGCAACACCACGAACGAACGUGUCGUAGUUCCAGAUUGUUUCCCGCCGGACAGCAUAUGUGUGCCUCGGAUUCCCGUGCAAGUGUGCAAGGACCACUUGGAAAAAUCAGACACGUCCAUCCUUGGCAACAUAACAGAAGAAGCACGACUUAUUAUUCUGUGUAGUCUAGACCUGUGAUCAAGCUUGUUGACACGCUUCGUCCGCCACACAACGUCGUCGUAUGGCUAUUUGUCUGUGUGGUUUCACCUCCAGAUAUCUUUGUUUCAGCACUCAAAGCUCGUUGUUCGAAGUGUUGACAACUUGACAUUUCUGGCUGCCUCUACACAGCAAAAAAAAGCGGUAGCUGUGUAGUCUAUGUGUUGCUGCUGCUCGAAACAAGUUGGAAGGUGGUUGGGUGGUCACCCAACCCACGGCAGGUGUUUAAACCGAAAGCAGCAAUGAAAUACGCUCUUUCCAACAUUCGACGCUUUCAAAUCUCUCACCACUGCCGUGUGUAUGCAUGGUGCUAGUGUCCUUUGGUUGAGAACGACACCCCAUCGACCUCGCCAAAGGGGGCCAAACUACGAAAGCCCCCUGGGGCAUUAUCGUGUUAUUUUCCCGUCCCUAACUUCUGAGCAUCCUUUGCAAUGACGACAUGCUCUUGAGGCUUCGAGUUGAUGCUUGCAAGCAUACAGAUCAAUGGCAUCGACGCCGGCAUCCAACGGCAUAUUGGUGAAAUUGAGAGCGAAGCAUCUGAUUGAGAGCGAGGUUGCGCGAUGCGCUGCAGCUGGACUACUGCUGAGAGGUGGAGCUUGCUGUGUAGCUUGAAUUGAAGGGCCAGCCCGUAACUUCAAGCAGAUACCCUGGUCAUCCUGUGGGAGUCUCUCGAUGUGGACUUACAGCGGCGAGCAGAAGCUACAGCAGAGCCCACCGCCAGAGGCCAAACCUNGCUGAGAGGUGGAGCUUGCUGUGUAGCUUGAAUUGAAGGGCCAGCCCGUAACUUCAAGCAGAUACCCUGGUCAUCCUGUGGGAGUCUCUCGAUGUGGACUUACAGCGGCGAGCAGAAGCUACAGCAGAGCCCACCGCCAGAGGCCAAACCUCCCUGCAACAGUUUGAGGCAGGAAUAGCCAAUCUGGGGAAAUCUAGCAACUUGUCUCGCUCCUAGCAGCAGCAUCCGAUGACGAUGACACGCAUAUGCUCGUGACGCUGCUGAUGAGACCUUCAAUUUGCGCCGCUUGUUGGAAGAGCCCGCCGGCUACUUCCCAAGAAAUGGCAAGAGGCGUCUGGACCCGAAAUUGACAGAUAGACGCAUACGGGCACCACAGGUGAAUUGCAUUGGAGAUUGCCGGAUACAUAGACGUGUUGAGUGAGGAUAGCUGCAUACUGAAACCUCACGAGCUGAGUGAUGUUGGAUAGUGCCGGACACAUAGACGCGCUGCGUGGGGAUAGCUACAUACUGAAACCUCACGAGUUGAGUGAACUGUAUUGGAGAUUGCCGGACACAUAGACGUGUUGAGCGAGGAUAGCUGCAUACUGAAACCUCACAGAUGGAUUGGUUUUUGAGUUUGCCAGACACAUAGACGCGCUGAGUGGGGAUAGCUACAUACUGAAAC